GCGGGUCCCGGGCACCCAGAGCCGCGCAGGUGGGCACCGUGGUUUGGAGGAGACCCGCUGCCCCCUCACCCGGGGGUCCGGCAGUAGGAGCCCCCCCGGCGAGGCAUGGAGCCCCCCCCCGAGUGCCGGCAGGAGACCCCGGCCCUGACGGAGGCAGCCGCCAAGUUCCUGAACUUCAUCGGGCCGGAGGACCUGGAGCGCUGCCUCUUUGCCGAGAUGCUGGAGGUGGUGGCAGCUGGGGACCAGCCGAGGGACGGGGUCAGGGGGCGAUGGUGGGUGUCAGCCCGGUGGGCACCCUACAAGCGGACAGGUGAGCCGGUGCGGAGCUGCCUCCUGGUCCAAGCUGCUUCCCGCCGCAGGCAGGACGGUGUGCUCUGCUCCAGCACCCUCAAAGCCUAUGUGACCACCCAGCUGGAGACCCUGGAGCAAGAGGAGAAGGAGCGCCUGGAGCUCAGAGCACACCCAGUAGAGAAGAGGACUCACAUGGUGAGCCACCAGCAUGGGAUGACUAUCACCAAGACCCUCAGGGAGGGAGAGGCAGAGCUGCAGUGCUGGAGCUUCUCCUAUGGCCGGGAUGAGCUUCAGGGUCUGAUGCCAGAGGGUGCCAGCCUCCUCCUGCUGCGGGUGCUGGCGUGUCGGUGGGCAGUGCCCCCCGGCCUCGUCUUCCCAGCCAUCGACACCGAGGGCCACCUCUGCACCUCCAGCUAUCAUGCCCUGGGCACCCAGCAGCAGGCAGUGGGCUCGUCGGAGGCCGAGGUGUUAGUGAUCGAGCGAGCCGUGCAUGCCAGCGCGGGCACCUCCACCAUCUGGCACAGCAGCUUCCUCCCCAGCGGGCGUUUGGCUCGGCAGGUGCAGGUUGGCUCCCCAGUGAUGGUACUUCUGCAGGAUGAAUCCGUCCUUGGUGAGACAGGUGGGGUCGAGCCCCGGCCCCCCUUUCCCAAACAGCCCCUGGACUGGGAGGAGGACGUCCAGCUCUACUCGUGGUUCCUGGACAGGAAGGAGGAACUGCAAGCGUCCCACACCGCUUACGUCCGGCAGCAUCCUGAGCUCUGGGCGCUGCUGGCCGACUUCCUCCAGGCCCUGUUCCUGCAUCAGCCCCACGACCCCGUCUCCUUCGCCGCCCAAUUUUUCACCCCCUUCGCCCACCAGCAGCCCCCCGGGACCCGCUUCGCCUCUGCCAGGGCUGCAAGCCCCCUCCCUGCCCCCCCACCUCGCCACUCUCCAGCUAACGGGGAAUAA